CAGUCAGAAGAGUCAUUUCUUGGAGACUGACUGGAAAACGCCUAUGUUGUCUGCGAAGUUCCAGAGCCGUGUCAGUCGCUGUUCAAGCGUGGCUGACAGCGGGGAUGGGGGCAUUGGGACCUCCUGCUCAGACAGCACAGAAGGUGAUGCUCAGCAUGGCAUCACACAGUAACAGCCAAAUACUUUUAAGUUUUUGUACAAGACUGACAAGCAUUAAAUAGCUUGAUGUUAUUGAACCUUAGAAUAUAAAACUUGGGGAGAGCAGAAUCUGUAAUGAUGUUUGGAGACUAUUUCUGAACCAGUGCCUCAGUAAACAGAUAUGCUGCCAAAAAGAUAACAGCGAAGGGACUUGCUGUUUCUCUAAGCUAGUUAUCUUGUAACUGUAAUAACCAUUUUUACCUGACUAAAAAAGCCACUUUGGUGAUUUUCUGGUUCAUAGUGACCUACAGGUGAUUUAUCAGCAAGUCUGUUGCAUGAUUUUUUUUUUUUAAAGAAAUAAUUUAUAGGUGUUUCUAGAGACUUCAGGUCAGCGUGUUUUCAUCCGUGCUUUCAUCCAUGAAAGUGACAUAAACCACUAUUGAUUCACUGAUUCUUCUUUCAGCAGCGAGGACGUUUGUGGUGUUCUUUAAAACAACGCACUACACGUGUUCAUGUGUUUCCCAAGCUGCCCUGAGCCUUCUGAAUGAACUAUAGAUCUUAAUAAUGUACUUUUGCAAUUCCAGUAACGGUUCCUCAUUCCAGCCCAUCAAAACCCAAGUGACCAUCCCAACAGCCCAUGUUAUGCCUUCUACAUUGGGUGCCUCACCCUCCAAGCUGUGCUCUGCAGGAGACCAGAGCUGUUCGCAGAGUACUUCAAAAACUGCUAUGCCAGGAUCUGUUUCUGAACAUGCAGGGCUCAUGAGAAAUGGAGACGUUAAUGCCGGGAAGUCUUCUCAGGUGCCACCCAGGGAUCUCUUGCGUCUCUACAGGACUUCAGGGGAAAAUGGUUUUGAGCAAUCCUGGCAUCCUGUUUCUGAUCACAUGAGAACAGAAGAUACUUGGAAGUUUGACACCCCCACCAUUGAGCGCACCUUUAACCAGUCUCUCUUUCUGGAUAGUUUGUGUGCUGACCCUCUCCACAGGCUCCAGAAGUUCAAUCCAAACUCUGGGACAGCUGAGGCAGGAAAGAACCAUUAUAAGGUGCUGCCAGAGAGUAAGCAAGCGGCAGGGGCUAACGGAGCCUGUGAGCCCCAGGAUGGAACGUGGCCGAGCGGGAGCAGACUGAUGCCAACGGGACUCCAGGCCAACAGUUUCUUUUCGAAACCUAUAGCUUCUUCAUCUCGAGCAUGGAUGCAAGAAGCCUGCUCGCUACAUCCGCAUGAGAGGGUCUGCGAGCUCAGUGCUUGGAAAGAACAGCUGGAGAAAGUGCGAUUGCAAAUAGAGCAAAUGCAGUUACAAAAUGGAGGUGCCUGCCACCAUCCCUCGAUGUAUUCUCCUUCGCUGCCUACACCUGAUCCAGCCCAGUGGAUCAAUAUCCUGAACUCCAAUGAAAACCUCCUCAAGGAGAAAGAGCUUCUCAUUGACAGACAAAGACAACACAUAUCCCAGUUGGAGCAGAAAGUUCGGGAAAGUGAACUGCAGGUUCACAGUGCCCUGCUUGGCUGUCCAGCACCCUACGGAGAUGUCUACAUGUUGAGAAUGCAGGAGCUGCAGCGGGAGAACACGUUUCUUCGAGCACAGUUCACAGAGAAGACUGAAUCCCUCAGUAAGGAAAAGAUCGAGUUGGAAAAAAAACUGGCUGCUGCAGAGGUGGAUGCAAAGCUGAUCCGGGAGUCACUGAAGGAAACGAUGCAGAAACAUGCAGAGGAAUUAAAGAAACAGGAAGAAAGGGUAAAGGGAAGAGACAAACACAUUAAUAACCUUAAAAAGAAAUGCCAGAAGGAAUCUGAACAAAACAGAGAGAGACAACAGAGAAUCGAGACCCUGGAACGAUACCUGGCUGAUCUGCCAACCCUUGAGGACCACCAGAAACAGAGCCAGAAGCUGAAGGAAUCUGAACUGAAGAGUGCUGCUAUGCAGGAAACAGUGCUGGCACUGGAAACAGAGCUUGGAGAUGUCCGGGCUGCUUUCAGGGAGCAAGAGAUGCAGCUAGAAACCCAAAAACACAAGGAGCUGGAGCUUCUUUCCACUGUGCGCAGCCUGCAGGACAAGGUGCAGCAGUGUGUAAAGAAUGCAGAGAGAGGACCCCCUGCACAGGAUGGGGAGAGACAGAAAACAGAAAAUGACUCUCUGAAGAAAGAAUGCGACUCCCUCAGGAAGAUUGUGGACAAGCAGCAGAAGAAGAUGGAGCAGUUGUCCUUGCAAGUGAAGAACCUGGAAGAACAGGUGGCCCAGGAAGAGGGGACAAGCCAAGCUCUGAAAGAGGAGGCGAUGAGAAGAGAAAAUGCACUGCAGCAGCUCCGGACCGCUGUGAAAGAGCUUUCAGUGCAGAACCAGGAUCUCAUUGAGAAGAACCUGACCCUUCAGGAACGACUCCGGCAGGCAGAGCUAACAACCCAGCCGCUGCCCGCGGAGACAGCCCGCCUCGCCCAGGAGUUGCAUAGCGAGCUGGCCAGCUGUCUGCAGGAUUUGCAGUCUGUCUACAGCAUUGUCACUCAGAGGGCUCAGGGCAAGGAUCCCAACCUCUCUCUGCUCCUGGGCAUUCGUUCUGUGCAGUACUGUGCUAAGGAGAAGGACAACUUGCUAAGCCCUGAUGGACUUGCAAAGAAACUGGUGGAGGUAAAACAGCUUCAUAAAGAGGUGGAGGACUUAAGGACAGCAAUAUCUGACAGAUAUGCUCAGGACAUGGGAGACAACUGCAUCACCCAGUAAAGAAAGCUUCCCAAAGUAAGACAGGAAACGAAGACUUGAAACCCUCAGGAGACUAGAGCUCCUACAACUCAAAACCUAUUCAGCACUUUACCAUCCCUUUGCUUGGGUACAAGAAGUGUGACUUAUCCAAUCCAUGAGGAAUCAGGGGUUUGUUGACGGAAGCGUUUAGCUGCCGACUGGCUAACUGGAAUCGUUUGGGGCUUCGGUGUCAGGCUUUGCAGUAGCUUUGAUCUUGUGGAAUGUGUUUAUGCUGUGUUUGCUGGAGCUGGUGUGGUCUCUGAUGCUGGGAGGUGAAUUCUGAAUUGCCUUCCAGGCAUGUCAAAUGCUGAACAUGCAAAUGUGACAGUUAAAACCAUCACUAAAGGAAA